AUGUCGUUGAACCGCAAACCAUUCACGUCGAUCUCGGUAUCGGAGAGUUUAUCGGCAGACUUGAUGAAUUCGAACUCGAGGUCGUCUGUAGUGUCUCUUUCUUUGCUUGCAACCAAAAUCAGACCUUUGGAGCGAACAGACUUGAUCAGGUCCGGACAGAUCGAGAGUAUCCCGUUCGGGAUGAUCAGGCCCAGCAGGUUGUUGGUGGUUGCAAAAUUGAUUGCCAGCUUGAUCGAGCGCGUCAACUGA